GUGAAUGUCUCUGUACCAAAGAAAACCAGAAAUAAUGGCACAUUAUAUGCAUAUAUAUUUGUUCAUCAUGCUGGCAUUUUGCCGUGGCAUGACGGUAAGCAGGUGCAUGUAGUAAGCCCUCUGACCACGUACAUGGUCCCUAAACCAGAAGAGAUUAAUUUGCUCACUGGAGAAUCAGCCACACAGCAAAUCGAAGCAGAAAAACAGACUAAUGCCCUAGAUGAGCCUGUCUCUCACUGGAGGUCAAGAUUAACCUUCAAUGUCAUGGUGGAAGAUUUUGUUUUUGACGGAUCAUCCCUGCCUGCUGACGUUCACCGUUACAUGAAGAUGGUUCAGUUGGGGAAGACAGUGCAUUACCUUCCAAUAUUAUUUAUUGAUCAGCUAAGCAACAGAGUGAAAGAUUUGAUGGUUAUAAAUCGUUCAACAACAGAGCUACCUCUUACGGUGUCAUAUGACAAAAUAUCUCUUGGAAAACUCCGAUUUUGGAUCCACAUGCAGGAUGCUGUGUACUCCCUCCAACAAUUUGGGUUUUCGGAAAAGGAUGCAGAUGAAGUAAAAGGAAUUUUUGUUGACACUAACCUGUACUUUCUGGCUUUGACAUUCUUCGUAGCAGCGUUCCAUCUUCUCUUUGAUUUCCUUGCAUUCAAAAAUGACAUCAGUUUUUGGAAGAAAAAGAGGAGCAUGAUUGGGAUGUCUACAAAAGCAGUGCUGUGGCGGUGCUUUAGUACUGUGGUAAUAUUUCUUUUCCUUUUGGAUGAACAAACAAGUUUACUGGUGCUGAUCCCAGCAGGCAUUGGUGCAGUGAUUGAGCUCUGGAAAGUAAAGAAAGCUUUGAAAAUGACAAUCAACUGGCAAGGCUUGAGACCCAAAAUGCAGUUUGGUGCAUACACUGACUCUGAAAAGAAAACUGAGGAGUAUGACACCCAGGCUAUGAAAUACUUGUCAUAUUUGCUCUAUCCACUGUGUAUUGGAGGUGCAGGUUACUCCUUGCUGAAUGUCAAAUACAAAAGCUGGUACUCCUGGUUGAUUAACAGCUUUGUCAAUGGAGUGUAUGCUUUUGGAUUCCUCUUCAUGCUACCCCAGCUGUUUGUAAACUACAAGAUGAAAUCUGUUGCACACUUACCGUGGAAGGCUUUCACAUACAAAGCAUUCAACACCUUUAUUGAUGAUAUAUUUGCUUUUAUCAUCACUAUGCCAACAUCUCAUAGGCUGGCAUGCUUUAGAGACGAUGUCGUGUUCCUGGUCUAUCUUUACCAAAGAUGGCUUUAUCCUGUGGAUAAGAGCAGAGUGAAUGAGUAUGGAGAAUCUUAUGAAGAAAAGCCCAAAAAAAAAACCUCAUAGAGAAUAACUACGAAUUGAAGAAGAUUCUGACCCCUGGACUCUUACUGGCUUCAUGUAUUAUCUGGUCUUAAGGAAGGAAAAACUUAUUUAAUAAGAGUAUUUUUAAAGCUUAUGACAGAAGUACAUGGACAAUACAUCUUCUAUAUUGCCAAAAUCUAGUUUUGAUACCCUCCUAUUUCAAGAUCCUCUUUUGUCCUCACAAGGUCCACAGUCUGCCAAAUGUCAUUAAAUAAACUUCCUGCACUUAAACUUCUCUUCAGUGAAAACCUAAGUGUCCUGACCAUUGUAGUUAAUAUCCAAAUCUACAUUUUUUGAGACAACUCACUCACUGGGAGUGUGGUGCCUGUGCCACUAGGCUGUGAAAAGUGAAAAAACAAGCCAGUGUGUUACAGCAGAAUCGAGCAUUAUUGCCAAACUGGAGGCUGUCAAAAAUAAAGUAUAGUAUUGGUUAUAUGCUAAUUACAAAUCAUUCUCAGUUGAUAACAGAGAUAAUGGAAAUUCUAGAAAUCAUGGUUAAAGUUGUGGGCAUUUAAGUUCAUAGCUUAAAAAAAAAAUUCUGUUGGAAAUAGAGGAUGAGAGAGAUAGGGUUGUUAAAAUUUGAAUUCUGCCACGUUCUUAGCCCACAACAUGGCAGAGGGUUUCAAUUGUCUUAAACUGAACGAAGAUGUGAAAAAACUAACAUGGUUUCUUUCAAUAUGUAUCCAAGUUUAUAUAAAUCCUUCUGCAUUGUUGACAAACCUUCUGAUUUGUUGGCAUAGCAGGUAUUCAUAUAAUGCAAAUCAUUGUUAUGUGCUAGGAAAGUCUCUUGACACAUCUGAAAUUCCUCGUUAUGUGGUAUCCCCAGUGACCUGCUAGGCCAAUUCUCUCGUGUUUCAAAUGGAAUAAAUAAUUCCUUGGUCAUUCCCCUCUCACUUCCUUCUCCAUUCUAUUUAAAAGAUGAAACACACAUCAUUCAAGUGGAAUGAUUUUGCUCAAAUACAAUACAGGUUCAAAAACUACCUGGAUGCAGAGGAGAAAAAACCAGCCUGGUGAAGAACAGGUGUCUUA